AUGGUUGAACCGAUUUUAUCCCAAGGCUAUGGAUAUGGGUUUGCCGUUGGUGUGGGAUCUGGGUUUGCAAUCCUGAUGGUAACCAUCUCUUUUCUUCUUUCCAAAUAUAUGGGACAAGCCCAAAAUUCUGAGAGGUUUUCUACGGCUUCCAGAAAUGUUGGUUCUGGACUGAUAGCUUCGUCCACUGUGUCAGCAUGGACGUGGCCUGCCACUCUGUUGCUAUCUGGAACCUGGUCCUACAUUUAUGGUAUUAGCGGUGCUUGGCUUUACGCGGUUGGAGGAACAGUGCAAAUUACGCUGUUUGCAUUUCUGGCACUUCAAAUCAAGCGUCGAGCCCCAACAGCACACACGGUUUCCGAGACUAUACACGUCAGGUUUGGCGAAGCAGGUCAUCUAAUGUAUCUAUGCUACUGUGCAGCAACUAACGUCAUGGUCUCAUCACUUCUUCUGCUAGGUGGAUCCCAAGCCUUUGCUGCGGCAACUGGUAUGCACACUGUGGCCGCCAGUUUUCUCAUUCCAGUCACUGUGGUCAUAUACACUGCUCUUGGAGGCUUGAAAGCGACGUUCAUCUCCGAUUGGGUUCACACUGUGAUUGUGUACAUUAUCCUAAUCGUGAUAGCCUACACUGUGUUUUGCACAUCGCCAUUGAUCGGGUCCCCGGGCAAGAUGUGGGAUCUUCUAAAAGCAGUCGAAAAAGUGUUUCCCAAAGCCUCUGGAACCAGCUACCUGUCUUUUAAAGAUAGGGAUAUGGUUCUACUAACUUGGUCCGUUAUGUUGGGAGGUCUGUCUUCGGUUUUUGGUGAUCCUGGCUACUCCCAGAGAGCUAUCGCGUCUGAUUCCAAAAGCGUUUUCGUAGGCUACAUGAUGGGUGGAAUAUGCUGGAUGAUCAUUCCAUUUGCAUUGGGAUCUUCCGCUGGGCUGGCAUGUCGGGCUCUUCUAUUGAGCCCAGCGUCAAUGACGUAUCCAAGGCAGUUGACAGAUGAAGAAGUGGGUGCAAGUCUACCAUUCUUGUACGGACUUGCCUCUAUUUUUGGUAAAAGUGGAGCAGCAGCAGGUCUGGUAAUGCUGGAGAUGUCAGUUACAUCUGCUACUUCUGCAGAGCUCAUUGCAUUUUCCACCAUUGUGACUUACGAUAUGUACCGAACCUACGUGAAACCGCAGGCCACCGGAAAACAACUAAUACGGACCUCACACGCCAGUGUCAUUUUCUUUGGAUUAUUUAUGGCAGCUUUGGCAGUAGUUUUCAACUAUUGUCAUGUCACCGUUGGCUGGCUGCUCAGCUUUGUCGGAAUCGUGUUGAAUCCAGAAGUACCUGCCGUGACACUUUCGCUCUUCUGGCCUAGAAUGACGAAACUGUCGCUAUUGAUUGGAGUUCCGCUGGGUACCGUUUCUGGUAUAGUAUGUUGGAUAGGUGCGACGUACCACUUUGCUGGUGGUGUAGUUAACAGAAACACCUUGAUGACCCCGGAAGCCACCUUCAUUGGUAAUAUCGUAAGUCUGUUCUCUUGCGCGGUCUACAUUGUUGCCAUAUCGUUGAUCAAGCCUGAUGGAAAGUUUCGGAUGGAAAGAUACAGGGAUGAAUUGCAAAUCGCUGACGACAUUGAUUCUGAAGAAAAAGAAGCUUUGACUCUGACUGAGGACGACGACAGAUUAUUGGGCAUUCAGACAUAUUUGAGCCUGUUCAUCAAUGUGUUCUUAUUUCUGGGCGUAUAUGUCAUCUUGACGUGCGCCUUGUAUGGCUGGGGCAAGGACUUGAGUCGAGGUUCUUUUACAGCGUUUAUGGUUGUAAUGCUGGUAUGGCUCCUGUUAGCCGCAGUUUACAUCAUUUUGGCUCCUUUAUGGCAGGGAAGAAGGGCUAUUAAGACUAUAGUGGCGGGUUUGUGUGGAUGCAGCGCUUCAUAUGCGGACAAACAAGCCGCUCAGCUUGAGGAUACCAAGUACAACAUCAAGAUGGCGCCUUCGAGUGACAGUGUAACUAGUGAAAGCGCUUUAAGCGUAAUUGGAGAACAAACGAACCGGUUUGAUCACUUGCAAAAGCAGAAUAACGUAUAG